AUGGGUUGUCGGUAUAUUGAGGCUCGUAGAGGGGCCCUGUCCUGUCCUGUCCUGUCUUGCGCUGGGUCUGGCUGGCUCUCCCGGACGGAUGGCCUCGACUGGCAGGCAGUGGCAGGGAAUGGAAGCACAGCCCAAGCCCAAAAGACCUCGAGCCAGCGACAAUUUGCCCUGUCGCAGCGUGUGAGCGGGCCGCCGUGCAGAGCGCCGGCCGUAGCCACGCUUCUCCUAAAGAGGAAGACUGAGAAGCCCACAAUUGCAGCGUUGGACGGUAAGAUGAGAACUUGGCGGCCGCCAUUAGCGGAGAUUGGGACAGGGCGCCAUGCGCUCGCGAUUUACUGGCUUAACAGUGGCCACGGUGAGCGGUACUGUUAUCGCCACUGUGCGUGGGCAUGGGACGACGCUAAACAACACAAGACACAGUACCUGGUCAGAGCUGGUAGCCCACUGAGCUUGCGAUAUCACAGCAAUGCAACAGUGCCAGCAGCCAUCCGCGCACCGUCCUUGCUUGUUCCCCCACUAACGCCCAGCAGGUCGCUAGAGCCGUUGGCUAAUCUCGACAAGCACUCCACCCACACCUUAACCCCCCCAAAAAACUCCCCCAGCCGUCCCUGCACGCCGGACCAUCCCCGACCUGGCUCAGCCAAACCAUCACGUUUAAAGGCAAUCAUCUCGCUUGAGCCCUCACCUUUCUUCGGCCGGUACGUCGUUGCCGUCGUCGCCUCGCCUCUGCAUCGUCCUCCUGAUCGCGACAGAAUCGCCCUCACCAACUGCCUCGGCGCUGACACCGGCUGUUUGCUGCCACGCAUCGCUGCCACGACUAUUUGGCGUCACGGCCGCUCCUCGCCUUCGUCUUCCUCUCUGCCCGAACUUGCGACCAAAAAGAGCACGGGCGCCCAUCGUCGAACUCCCUAA